GCCGCUGCCUCCCAGAACUGAAUUGAAAGUUUCGAGUAUUGAAAAGUUAUGUUGUUUUGAAUGGAUGUUUGAAGAUUUUAAUACAAAUGAAGCUGUUUGAUUAAUUUUCGUGAAGGUGUUAUUUGUGUAACAGCUUUUAUGGUUUCGGAUAACAUUGAGAAGGAAUUGCUUUCUUACACUGCUCAACAUUCAGAAAUGAAUGAAACCAAGUGUGGCGGAUUAAUACUGGAUACGAUCGACCAACUUCGGAAACGAAAAGCGAGACCGGAUUUUGAUAGAAUAUGCCAUAUGCUUGCCAGAAGACAUGGUUUGAAGCGAGCCGCUGUGACAGACGAAUUGAAUAGGCUAGUGAAUGAGCGAAAAGUGAUUAAAGUCGAUUAUAAAGGAAGUACCAGCUACAGAAAUGCGGCCAAAUGGAUCAAAACCAAAACACAAUUUCACGGAAGUUGUCACACGUCGUCAGAUUUAUCAACAGUUGUUCUUGAUGCAGUUCGUGUACUUACUAUUCCUGCAGAAGGUCAACAACAGUUAAGAAGUGCUUCAGUGCAAGACAUUGAACAGUAUCUUUUGAAAGCAGAUUCUCAGUUUUCGUUCAAUCCUGCGAUGAUACGUGCUUACGUGGAUAAAGAAGUUGUUAAAGGAAAUCUUCAUCAACUGCCAUCUGGCGAAUAUAUUCCACUGAAAAUUCAGCUUUCUGAAAAUGUGAGCAAUGAAGAAACAUCUUCCAACAGCUCCAAAAGUGAUGGUGUUCCUCCUGCUAAGUCAUGGAAGCCUGUGAAUGAUGCAAAAAGUCCAGAAGCAACCAAAGAUCCCAAGCCAAAUCGUUGUGAUUAUUGUUUACUGACUGCUUCUGCCAAUAGGAAAGGUGAACCUGAAGAUCUUUUGGUGUGCAAAGACUGCAGUUCUAAAGCUCAUCCUAGUUGUAUGGAAUAUACAAAAUUGCUGCCAGAUUAUUGUCCUUUACCUCGAAAUUGGCAGUGUCCUGAUUGCAAAACGUGCAUUGUUUGUGAUGAGACAGCUGGCUCUAAUGAUCUGCUGACUUGUUAUAUGUGUUUUGAAGGCUAUCAUAUGAAUUGCCAUGAGCCAAGAGUUACCAUCAAACCAUCUGGAGUAUGGCUCUGCAGUGACUGCGAAACCAACACAAAAACAGAAACUGAUGAUGAAAGUUACGAACCAAAUGUUUCAUAUCAGUCUUCCAACGAUGGCUUUCUAAAGAGCAUACAAGAAUACCCUGCAUCAAUACCUUUAGCUAAAAAGUGGAGCAUAGGAAAUGUUGAAGCGUUUAUUAGACACUUAGGUUAUGAUGAUGAGGCUUCUGCUUUUCGUGAGCAAGAAAUUGAUGGAAUGUCUCUUUUACUCAUGAAAAGAAAUGACGUUUUGACUGGUCUCGGUAUCAAACUUGGUCCUGCUCUGAAAAUUUAUAAACAUAUUGUCAAGCUGCAGUGUAACUGAGUUUUGUUGGUUGUUCUAGUCUUGCAUCUGUGUCAAACAUGCUUAAUUUUUAUGCUUGAAUUUUUAUUUGCAUUUGUUAGUCAAACAAAUGAAUGCUUAAAAUAUAUCUUGCAAUUUUGACUACCUCAAAUAUUGAUUUUAAUAAAACAAAGAAACAUUUUAAAUUGCUUGUCAUGAAUGAAAUAUCUGGACAUUAUUUUUAAAUUUCUGCUAUUUAUGAUGCAAAAAGUCUGUGAAGGAAAUUUAAGUUCGUAUUCUUCAUUAAAAUAGCAUUAUAUAUUCUCAUCUUUUAUCAUUGAAACAAUUAAAGCCGAAUACAUCUCUGGAGUGUCCUGAGGCUGAUCUUAGUAGCAAAACCAAUGCCUCAUACGCUCUCUAGAUAUUCAUGAGACAUGCUAUUGUCAUUUUGUGUUGAUUGUGUACAUAUUCCCUAUCUACAAACCUGUAUAGUAAUGUAUGGUGCUCUUAAAGAAAUCCUAUGAUCGUGGACAUUCUUUUUAAACAGCAUGGGCAUUUAUGUAGGAUAUUUACAUUCUCAACAAACUUUUUAAAUGGUUUUCCAUACAUUCUGUGCAACUACAUCAAACUUGUAACCCUAUAUAUAUCUUGCUUCCAUUAAUUUUAUUAAUAUAUUCUUCUGAAGUGUGUAAGGAAAAAAAUAUUAUUUUCUGCUCAGAUAUAUUCCGUACAUUAUGAAAAUAUCUUCUGAGAGAAAUAUAUCAAUAUUCUAAUGGCCUUAAAUUUCCCAGAUUUUACUGUCACACAUUUUAGCUAGUCACUAAAUUUCAUUGAAUAUUAUUGUACAGAUUUUGUAACUUUUUUUAUGUACUAUCCUUGCAAGGUGCUACUUAAAAUCUGGAAUUAGCACUGCAACAGUAGGUUAUUCAGCAAUGGCCACAAUAAUUAUUGUGAAUAUACAUCGAUUCAAUGCAUUGUUAUACUGUAGCCAUUCACAACUCUUUUUCUUUUGUUAUUGAAAAAUGUUUUAAUUUUGCCUAUCCCGAUUAUCCGCAGAGGUGGGGGUAACCGGGGAUAAGUGAAUUCGCGGAUAAUCCGCAAACUGGGUAGAAACAAUGCUAGUGUAUGAAAUAGCUUAAAAAUACCAGUUGCAAUCUCAUACAUUUAAAUUACAGCUAAUAGGAUAAUAGUAUGUAAAAAUUGCAUGUAAAAGCUAAAAAAGGAUCACUCAUUUUAACAAACGGAUUACACACUUAUGCAAGCAAAUCGUGCAAACAGAUUACCUGCAACAGAUAAAGCUAGGUUAGGUACACUUAAAACGCAAUGGGGAAGGGUCGAGAAUUUUUUCAAGACAGGAUUCAGUCACUCGUUUACGUGCGUAAGUAGUGAGCAUCUAAAAUUUAGUAAGUGACCUAGAUCUGAAAACCAGUAAGUAGUGUAGACUUAAAGCAGUAAUAAGUAGUGAAGAUCUUAAAAUCAGGGGUAACUACUAGGUAGAUUUCGGUAACCUUGGAAGUUUUGAUGUAAUUGAAAAGGAGGGGGGAAAAUGCCCAAAAUUUUUGCACUUGUUUCGUUAAAAGGUGUCCAUUUAUCUACAUUCAAAACUUUAUCGCCGAAAAAAAAUGCUUUUGAAAGUGUGAGAGAUUGCGGAUAAUCCCUUCCGCGUAUUAACCACUCACGGAUAAUCGGGAGUUUAAGGUACUUCUAUGUUAAAUUUUUUUUAUUUAUUUAUUUCUUAGUAUUGUUUUUUUAUUUUGAAUAUAGUAACCAAAAUUUGCACGGCAUUAUCAUCGAUAGAGAAAGACAUAUAAGUUGUUAAAUAACUUGUUUUUAAACUUCUGAAUCCUGGGGAUGAUUACAUUUGCUUCCUAAAUUUGUGCUUUUGUGGUUUCAAAAUUACAAGAAUAUCUAUUUAUUUUAUUAUAAGCAAAUCAAGAGAUGUUGAACGUAACUAUAAAAAAAUAGCACAAGAUGAAAGUUUUUUUUUUCUCUCUUUAAGAUCUUUAGGUUUUGUGAUCAUAUAUAAGUAUGUGUUCUAGAAUUCAAAACAUUGAAUUGAAGUUUAAAAAAUUGCAUUUCCAUUCAAGUCCUUAAUUAUCUGAAACAGUUGUUAUAUAUUUUACAAAUUUCUUAUCAAAAUAUUUCCCAUAGAUUUAUUUUUCUUUGAACCAAUAUGUGAUUUUUUGCAGAUAUAAUUCAGAUUUAGUUUUAGAUACGCUUCAGUGUCAGAUAAAUUGAAGUUUCCCUUUAAAUCAAACUGGUGGUUAAAAAAUUUCAGAAUUGCUAAUAAUGCAACACAGCUAUCGCUUCUUCCAUUCCACUUUUUUGAAAUUUAAAAAUUAUUGUAUUUCUGCUUUUAAAUAAGUAAACAAAAUGCUUCACUUUUUAUUCACAAAAAGACUUUCAUAUUUAUGUUAAAAUAUAAACAAUAUUCUCUGCCAAAAACUGGCAAGAAAAAUAACAUUCACACUCCAUGAAAACAGUUCUACUGUUUUAUCCAAAUUUCUUCAUGGUAGUAGCCAUUGCAAAAAAAAAAAAAAAAAAAAAAAAAAAAAAACCCUAAAAAUAAUGUAAUGAAAAAACAAUAGAUAGCAAGGGUUAUAAUUUAAUUAAAUAUUACAGAAAAUAUAUAAAACAUUACAGACAGUAAUAAAUUGAUGAAUAAUAAAUGCAAAUUGGCACCUUAAGAACUCCUCGGAGAGCAAGUUCAAUAGACUCAUGCAGUGAGCAAUGAAAAUUGGUACCACACAUAUGUCUUCUAAUUUAUGAAUGACAAUUUGCUGCAUUUGACUAAAUUAAUAUUGGCAGGCAAAAUUUCAAACUUAUGUUGACAGUCAAAAAGAUCAAACUAAAAGUCUAACUAGUAAUAUAUCUUUGCAAAUUAAUAUAAAGUUAAUUAUCUCAUUGUUCUCUUGCAAAAUUAUUUUGAAUCAUUUUAUAAUUGCCACAUAAAUUAACUUUUUUUCUUUGUAACUCUCAUAGUUUGCAUGUAAACAGUAAAGGAGUUACCAAAACUUCAAGCUUUAUCUUCAUUGCAUUGUAUCAGAAUCAUACACAUUGUUUCUCCUGAAAUUGUUCAUUGUUAAUAUUAAGGAGGUAUUCUAGUCUAGAGGCUUGAGUUUAAGGUGAUUUUACGGGCAUAAUAGAAAAAAAAAAAACAGUUGCUAUUUUCAUUAUUCCUUUUUAUUAGUUUUUAUUGAUACUUUAAAAGCAUAAAAAUGCAUAAUAGUUGGAAAAAAAAAUCAAAAUUGAAGCUGGUGAAGACUGGCAAAGUGGGGACUCUAAAAAAAGGGGGGUCUCAUGUUUGACAUGAUUCCAAUCCUCCAGGUGAUCUGAAACAUAAAGUUAAGGUUACUUCUUAUUGAACAAGGAUGUAGAAUUGUCUGGACGUAGCCGAUUUGAAAAUAUUUUUUUUUCACAAAAUGACGUUGUUUUGAAAAAAAAAGUUCAAUUUUUGACUCUUUUUUUGAACUUAAGUAUUUUUUUAAAAAUAAAAAAAUACAAAAACCCCUUCGCUGAGACAAUUUUGAUAGUACUAAGAAAGUAUGUACCAAAUUUCAAGUAAAUCAGUGCAUUAGAACUUGAGAUAUCAUGUAUAUCUUGUCAACCAUAUUGAAAAAACUAGUUUCGAGAAAAACGCAUUUAAAGUCUGCAGUCUCAUUUAAGCAAAAGAGUUUAUUUUAACAAAAUUAACUGUAACUCUAAAAAUAAUUUGAGCUCCCAUAAAUCCUCUUAGAAACUUAUUCUUAAAGGUCUAAACUUCGAGAAUAUGAAAGAAAAAAAAUUGAUUUUUUUUUUUUUGAUUUUCUAGUCUAGAAUACCCCCUUAAAGUUCUAUGUUUCUCUUUGUAUGUAUGGACGCAGCUUUACAAUGUAAAGCAAUACCUGGGUUGCCAAUUGCAUUGUGCGGAGUGGCAUCGCAAAAAUAUCGAAACUCCGCGAAAGAGUGCUAGCAUGACAUACUGUUUAAAGCUUUUUUUUGUUUUUAUGCCAGUGCUUAAAAUGAUUAUCCAAGCUCUAAAACAAUUUUAAAUAAGUGGUUUUAGUAUUAUUGAAUUUUAUGUUCUGUAUGCUCAUAUUUUUACUCGACAUUUUAAAUACAAAGCUAGCUGCUCCUCAAAAUUUCAAAAUGCUCCUCAAAAUUGCCACAGAUGCUCCUCAAAUUGUUUCCCUAAAGUUGGCAUCCCUGAGUACAUGCUGCUAACCUAUACAUACAAAAUGUUAAAAAAGAAAAAAAGAGGAUUUCAAUCUUUUUCGCCCA